AGGUCUUACUUGGUUACUUCAGUUUUGAGCGCGCACUUAUCAACAUCUCUUUCAAUGUAUGUUAACUUAACACUUUGUAAUCAACUUUAAUUAUCGGAUUGUUUAACCACAAUUGGCUGUUAAAACUGUGUCCCUCUCUGCUUCUAUGGAUAUUGUUAUAAUCAACUGGAAUCUUGUAAUCAAAGGACCACAAUUGACCAUUUUGUUACCAUUUCAAUUUAAACUGUGAUGAUUUAAUCGUUCAAAAUUACACUUUCUUCUCAUUUCUCUCUUGAUAAGCCAUUGUUUUUCAUCUAACCGUUUCAUCAUAAAACAAGUGACAAAUAUCUUUCCAUUUUAUGUGUAUCUUGGUGAUUCGUGUGUUAACACAUUUACUUUAUCAAAAGCAAAUCAACAACAGGAUAAAUGAUUAAAAAUAGACAAGAAAAGAAUACCAACUGUUAAUAAGCUUUUUCGUUUUUCUUUUUUUUAUUCUUAUUUAUAUUCUCUUUGCCAUUCAAGUUUCAUCUUUAUCAACGUUUCGUCUAUUUUGUUUUGUUUCUUUGCGCUUUUUCAUCGACCAAAUUAUUCUAUCAUCAACCAUAAUUUGUGUUCCCAGCUUUAUUAGUUAAUCAUGGUUCAAUUUGCAAGUAAAUCUCUCAAAAUUAAGCCUCAACUUAAGUCAAUGGAUGACCCAAGUUGCAGCCAUUUUAAUUACCGUUCACAUUCCCACCGACAAAACUGUUACCAUUGGACUUUAUUAGUCAUUUUUUUCCUCUCAUCUUUAUCACUGACAAUUUCAUCAGCCACUCAUAGAGAUAAAGAUGAAUUAACCCAAACCAAAUGCAUACCAAUUCCAGAGGAAAAAAAGUUUACCCUUGAAUGUCCCGAGGAUAUGAAAAUGGUUAUCAGAGAAGCAUAUUUUUCAACAUCAUUGGACCAUAAUCAUCAUUGUGCUCAAAGUAAUUAUCUUCAUCGAACAGGACAAACGGAAACUUGUUACGAAGAUCUAAGGCUUCAAUUUAAUGCCAACUGCACAACAACCAGAAAAUGCAACUUUACUUCAGAAGUUUUAAGCCAAUGCUCAGAACCUGGUCACAUAUUUUAUAAGUACUCUUGUAUCGCACCUUAUCUUUUGGCUCAUUAUUGUAAUAGCGUUCUGGAUCGCACUUAUGGUUACAUUUCUUCGCCCACUUAUCCCGACUAUUCAUCGUCCAUUAUGGAUUGCAGUUGGACCAUAACAGCCUUGGAGGGUCAAAAAAUUGAGCUACAAAUUUUGGACACUGAAUUGACCGAUCCUAGAAUCGUUAAACCCAAAGAUUUCCUUGCAGAGGCUGUUGUUGAAUGUACAGAUUCAUUGACAAUUAGUGCUGAUCAAAAGUUGAUCACUUUAUGUGGUGAUAGCAUUAAUAAUUUACAAACCAUUAAAUCGAAAGGACCUGAAGUUAAAUUAUCUUAUAAACAGAAUGAGUUCAGAGCAAGAAGAGGUUGGCUUGUCAGAUAUCAAGUUAAUGGAUGCCCGAAGCUAAAAGAUCCUUUCAAGGGUCACAUUGUUGAGCAAAAUGAAACCUCAGCAUCGAUGACCUGUUGUGAGGGUUACAUCUUCAAAGAUACCAGAGAACCGAAAAAGUUUUUAACUUGCCUUAGAAAUAAUUGGGACGGAAUUGUCAGCUCAUGUGUCAAAGUAGCUGAUAUUGACGCCCCUGAAACAUUACCAGAUUCAUCUGUACCUUCGAUUGACAAGGAAUUUGACAGUCGGACAAAUCCACCAAUGGAACAACUUUCCAAGCCAAUUGGUGAAACUCCAAAAGCUUUGUUUUCUAAUGUCGUUGUUCCAAUAAGUUUGUUGGUUCUUGCAGUUGUUGUUUUGGUAUUGUUUGUUGUUAUCAUUGUGAAAUGCCGUUCUCGAAGAUCGAAAGCAACCCUUUUGACUUACACACACGAAGCAAAUGUCCCAUUAACCAACACAUCGCCUGUAAAUGUUUAAAUUGAUUAUGUAAUUGAAGGCAUUAAGAUUAUCAUUAUCAUCACAUCAUCAUUAAUAUAUCCUGGAUUUGAAAGAUUCCCCAAUCAUUCAACUUUCCUAAAAAUGAGGCUUCAUUUAUCAUUUGGAGAGAAGACACUUUUCAUAUCCAACCACCGAAAACGUUAAAAUACUUAACGAAAAUAAUUGAAAAAAGAAAAUCUGAUUAACCUGACAAUUCUUAUUUGGUAACUUUUCCUGGAAUUUUUCUCUUCAUUCGACCUCCAAUACUCGGCUGUUUAAAUUAUUUAGUUAAUUAUAAAUUGGAAUCGGAUUCAAUCAUCAUCUUCAUUACCAAUGCCAAUGUCAGAUGUCAGAUGUCAUGGUUGUGAUUUGGACAUGAAACAUUCUCACCUUUCUCCUGUUUUCCUUUUCCUUAAAUUGACUGAAUUAUCUUCCUCAUUUCAUCCCAUUCAUUGGCCACCACAAAAUGAACAAAAAUGAAUAAAGUUCUUCCAAAAGGUCACCAUCAGAUAACUACUUAUUGACUGCCAAAACAAAAGAGUAAAUGUCCAAACAAAGAAAGGAUUGAGAGCAAUUUAAAGGCUGACGGAAAGAAAAGGUUAACCUGAUAAUCUGGUUUACCAUGAAUGUACCAGAAAAACCAAGAGCAGAAAUUUAUCUGUUAGAUUCAACAGAUUAUCCCUAUUAAUCCAUUUUCAUUGUAAAAUUGUACCAAUCUUUUUGUAUCCUCCAAUCCUUCCCUUCAAUCCUUACUUUCUUUCUUGCAUUCACAUCUUUAACCUUUCAAUGCAAAGUCCGAAAAUUGAAUGCAAUCAUCAUUCCCUGAAACGAUAACUCACAGAUGAAAAGCGCAAAAUUUUCAACGUAAAUCAGAAUGGAAUAACUUUGACUUAGUUGAGUGAUUAACCCGAACAAAGAUGCCUACCAAUUUCUAGUCCAUGUCCAACUAUUUUACCACUUUAAGUGAAAACCAACAACUUAUGUAAAGAAUAGCAUUUAAUUUUGAUCAAUUAAUUUACCUUAAAAAAUACAUUUGUCUAAUGGUAAUCCAUAAUAUCCAUCCAAUAAUAUCAUUACCAUUUUGGUAAUUUUUUGUCAAAAAUUUCUCCGCGCUCAACCGGUCUUCCAAUUUUCUGUUAAUCGCAAACAAAAGGUCCUGGCCUGAAUGUCGCCUCAAAAUAUACAAAUUUUUAAAACCAACCCUGAAACUCGGGAAAUGCUGAUAAAAAAGAGUAUAAAAUAGACAGUAAAAGAAAGAAAAAACGUAAAAGACAGAAAAAUUGAACUUUUACAAUACAUUGUACAUUAUUUUAUGCCUUUCAUUAAAUGUUGACUGUA